AUGAAAGAACCGAAUGCGGUUUCUUUGGUUGCUAUGAUCAGUAUUUUAUUCGCAUGUCUGGAAUAUUUACGGGGCAAUGCGGCAAUGUCAAGGUCUCAUAUCACAAGUGGGAUUCAAAUCUUAAAAUCCUGGAUGGAAAACAACAAGUCUCAAAACAAAUCAUCGGGUCGAGAUGAUAAAACGAUUGGAUCGCACUUCAUGGAGACAGAAAUUGGACCGAUUCUGUGCUCACUGCGCACCAUUGUACUAGAUAGGGAGACUGCUAAGAAUCUUCGGCUUCUUAUGAAUCCUGUCAAUGUUCAAGGCGAUCUCACGCUAGGUGAUCGAUUCGAUACGAUCCAACAGGCUAGAGUUGGAUUGGUAGACUUGAUCGCCCACACAAAUUGGCGCUUCGACAGGCUUGACAAAUGUUUUCCGCUGGGACCCCGGUAUAACGAUGAAGCCUCCCUGAUCCUUAAUAGCGUUGAAAAAACUCUCGCUCAAUGGGAGGCAAAUUUUGAUGAUCUAGCCCGUCGGCGUGGUUCAUCAUGGGUCAAAAAGCAGAGGAUUGCGACCAAUGCCGUACGACUUAUCAAGUUGGAUAUCGGCUUCGGAGUCCGUAACUAUCUCGCUGACAGCGAGUGCGCAUGGGAUGCUGGACGAGCAGACUAUGAAGAAGCGUUGAGUCUUAUCGAAAAUCUCAUCGCAGAUCGGGAUCGCUUCAGUCCUGGAAAUAACUUCAGGCCGUUGAGUUUGGAUGUCGCUAUCAUAUACUGCCUCCAUACAUUGUCUUGGAAGUGCCGAUGGCCGCGUCUUCGUCGCUGGGGGCUCGACUUAUUCAGAAGAAUAUGCGGUCGCGAGUGGCUUCUAGAUGCAGAGAAGUAUUUUAUUAUCUUCUCCCGCAUUAUGGAGAUCGAGGAGGCAGGUACUAAUAGUAACCAACUUGAAUCACCCGAUGAAGGCCCUCAGGGGAAUAUACUUCCUCAUGAGCACCUACGAAUCCACAACUUUUCGGUCGCAAACCAAACAUCACCGUCACCAGCAGACUCAGAGCAGCCUACGAAAUAUUCAGUAACAUUUUGGAGCAAGCCUUAUGGUAUAGACGGACCUUGGCACAAACUUACAGAGCCCCUGCAGCCAGGCGCUUCCGAAACCGAAGAAUCCGCAAUUCCGUCAAAUCUGAUCAACGAAUUCUUCGCGAAACCUCCACGAAUCAAGGAAUUGGAGACGUUCGGUCAGGGAAUAGAUUUGGUUAUUCGAGAAGGAUCAUGA